CCAAAAAAUGAAGCUAUGUCUCCUAAAGAGCAACCCAGUGAUUUAAAUGAAACCAUUAGAUUGGCUUCUCAUAUAGAAAAAGUUAAAAGUAAAGUAAAGACGAAGCACAAAGAACAUUUGUUAUCCAAAAACAGACAACAGCCUCAUUCUAAGCAAGGUAUGCUGAAGAAUAUAAGUAAAAUUGGAAAGGUUGCCGUGAAUGGAGAAGCAGAAUUAAAAUCAUUGGAGAAGGAAGCAGUUAGAGAGAAAUGGAAGAAUACUUUAUCAAAAACAAAAGAGGUAAGCUGUGGUUACCACUCUGAUGAUGUGACACUGUUAGAGAAUUAUUGGUGUCUUCAUUCAGUAAACCAUUGUGGGUCAGGUACAAAGAUUCUUUUAUUAAGCUUUCCAAACUAG